AUGCCCAGCUUCUUCCAGUUCACGCAGGGCACCGAGUCGCACGUCCGACCCAACGACUCGGCCCCUCUCCUAGGCCGCUUCCGCGCUGUUCCUCCGCGUCCUGGCGUGAUAUCUCGAAGGCGCAGUCAACUUGGCCUCUUGUCGAAUACCGCAGACAACAGAGGCAGCGUACAUAUACUCGGAUACGGUGCAUUUCCUGCAGAUGACGACGAUACGGACAGUGAUUAUGACCUUGAGGAUGAUAGGAGCUUGUGGCAACGUCUUUGGCAACGAUGGGUGUUGGAUAUUUGGGUUGAUCCGAGACAGUCGGCGGUGAAGAGGGUCGUUGAUAAGUGGUGGAGCCGGUAUGCAUUUUUGGUGUUGAUGCCUGCCUUGUUGGCUGUGGCGUGGUGUUCUAUACCUUUUCCUCAGUAUAGAAUUCCCGACGACCAUAUCGGUGAUGGGGACGAGGAUAGACUCCCCGACGGAUCUAGGACGCCUGGUCACGGAGCUGCUCGAGUCCAGGUCAACUUUUGGUUCUUUCUAUUCGUCUACUAUGGUUUCUACAACCUUACUGCUCUUAUCUGGAUCACAAAGGUGUUCAACCUUUACAGCCUCAACUGGUGGCCCCAAUCUCUGGGUUUCCCGCUUACCGUCUCACUCAUCGCCAUCUUGUCCAUUGCCGUCCCCAUACCCAUGUACUACAAUGACAGGGCGCGUUAUUUGCUCGUACACAAUACAUCAUGGAUUUCAUGGACCUUCAUCAUCAUGGCCUUGCCUGUCACGAUCGCCUUUAUCAUUCUCACGACUAAUGAGCGGCACAUCGGGCUUCGUCACUCGCUAUCAGAAACUCAACGCAUCUUUACCACAUCCUGGUGGACCGGAGAGCCAGACACGUUCAACGGUAGGGACCGUCGGCGCCGGAAUGUCACGGCUGAUCUAUUCGACGCCGACGCAACUCAAGUUGAACCCGAGCUGAGGCCACAGGGCGUUAGGAUGCGCCGACUGUGGUUGCCAGCAAGCUUUGUACGAUUCUUAUGGUUCUGCGUUGCUCUGUUUAUUGGCCUCAUGGCAUACGUGAUCGGAGAGGCAUACGCAGAGAUUUACCUCCGAACCUUACCGCACAAUAACUUGGAGACAGUAGUGUAUGUCUAUGGCUGGGUAGCAACGGUGCACCUCCUGGACGCGCUAAGCGGCUGGGUGCUAGGAAUUCGAGAGGGUGAGCGUGUUGGAAGUUAUCCUUUGAGCUGGAUCUUUAAACUAUACUUCAUGUUGACCUACCAGAUGUACGUUCGUGCGCUAUAUGCACGACUGCGUUCACCACAACAAUUCAUAACCCUUCAGAUCUUGUCAUCAACAGGUUUGGUUGUCAUUACACCCAUCAUGAUGACCUCAUUUGUGCACAAGCUCUUGACAAUUCUUGGGCUGAACUCGCAAAGCUUUGGUUCAUACCAAAAGCUCCAGACCCGCAAUGUCUUUAUCCGCUUUCUUGCCGAAAACGUCUCAAUGGUUGCAUUCCUUGGAAGUAUUCUAGUACUGCACUUUGGAGCCAACAAAGACGUUUACCCAUAUUUCGCUUUCGAUACGGAGGGGGAGGACUACAAUUUUGGCCUCACUUUCUACGCCUCAUCGGUAACCUGGGCGUGUGAGUUGGUAGCGAGCCUCGCUGUGCGAGGACUCAUCCGACUAUUCUUCCAAAUCGAUGUAGGCCUGGAGGGGAAGCUGGACUUAGCUGUCUGGCCAGAGUUGAUGCCAACCUGUGUGGCAGUCAUGCUGCACGUGCUGCAGAACAUGCUAUUUUCCAUCAUUCGGCUACAAUUUCAGUGA